GUGCGCUGUAGCACUGAACACACACUAUCGGGAUGUGGGCAAGCUUCACUGUGCGCUUUAUUAUUGUUGGCUUGAUGCAGGAAUUGGCUUAGAUGUGUUACAUGGUAACAGCUGAAUAGUUGUCAGCGUUUGUGGUAAUGUGAGACAACUUUUCAGUCCCCGCGGAGGUCAGUAUGUGGUUAUGUCUGGGUGCCCUGCCCACAUAUGGGUGGACAGCUGAAUGACCCGCUGCGUCCUCUGUCACACGGUGGCACAGUGAAUGCGUCUCUUAGUUAUUUACUUUUACCUAUCAGGCUUUAAUUUCUGAAAAAUAACCCAAGGCAACAAGAGGAAACCUUCACCCGGCGCCAAAUGGAGAAUCCGGCCAAUCCGGGAGACAGCCCGGUGGAGUUCGAGUUAACGGUGGAGAAUGUGGAGUCGGCUCUCUACCAGCUGUACUUUGACCCAGACAUGGCACGUAAGAACGUGGCCCAGAAGUGGCUGACCCAGGCCCAGGCCUCUGCACAGGCAUGGCAGUUCUGCUGGGCCCUACUCAGCUCUGACAAGCUCCCAGAGGUUCAGUUUUUUGGUGCCAGCACCCUCCAUACAAAGAUCUCCCACCACUGGAGUGACCUCCCCACAGACCAGCAUGAGGGCCUCAGGGUGCAGCUCCUCUCCCACAUCUUACACUUCUCUUCAGGGCCAAAAAUGGUGCUGACUCGUCUGUGUGUAGCCCUGGCCUCUAUGGCUCUCAACUUAAUUCCUCAUGCUUGGUCCCAGCCGGUGGCAGACAUGGUGAGGGCGUUCCAGCCGCAGAAAGCUGACGCAGAAGGUGGCUCUGGUGCAGAGAUCUCUCAGGACCCCCAUUCACACUGUCUUGCCCUGCUGGAGCUCCUAACCGUACUUCCGGAGGAGUUCCAGAGCAGCCGGCUGGCUCAGGCUCGUCGCACCCAGCUGAGGGAGGCCCUGACUGGGGAGUGGAUGGCGGUGUGUCCCCUGCUGCGUCAGCUCCUUCAGAGCCAGGACUCAUCAAACCAGGUGAAGGAGAAAGUGCUGCGCUGUCUGUCCAGCUGGGUGGGGCUGGAUGUGCCAUUAGGGGAGAGUUACGAGUUGGUCCAGGACUGUUUCACUGCGCUGUCUAACCCAGAGCUGUUUGACACUGCCGUGGAGACGAUAGUAAGCGCUCUCUCACAACCUGACUGCCAGAGGUACACUGAUGCUCUGGUGAGACUGAUGCCUCUGGUGCUGGGUCUCUAUGACCAGCUGAAGACAGCGGCUCAGGAUGGGGACAUGGAAACCUCACAUGGCAUCUGUCGGAUAGCUGUCGCUGUGGGGGAAACACACUCCAGAGUUUUAUUGGAACAGGUGGAGCACUGGCAAGACUAUCUGGCUUUGGUCAACAUGAUUCUGUUCUGUACUGGUAUCCCUGGGCAUUACCCAGUCAGCGAGACCACCAGCUCGCUCACACUCACUUUCUGGUACACUCUUCAGGAUGACAUCUUGUCAUUUGAGGAGGAAAAGCAGGCAGUUUACCUGCAGGUCUACAGGCCGGUUUACUUCCAACUGGUGGAUGUGCUGCUACAUAAAUCACACUAUCCCUCCCAGGAGGAGUAUGCCUCCUGGUCCUCCGAUGACAAAGAGCAGUUCAGAAUUUACAGAGUGGACAUCUCUGAUACUCUGAUGUAUAUUUAUGAGAUGCUGGGAGCAGAGCUGCUCACUAACCUCUACGACAGGCUUGGCAGACAGCUGAUGGACCCCCAGCAGUCAGCAGUAUGGCAGGAGGCAGAGGCCCUGUUGUUUGGCUUCCAGUCCAUCGCUGAGACCAUAGAUGUCAACUACUCUGAUGUUAUCCCCGGUCUUAUUGGUCUGAUCCCCAGGAUCAACAUCAGCAACGUUAUGCUGGCUGACACUGUCAUGUACACCAUAGGAUCCCUGGCUGAGUGGCUGGCUGACCACCCCGUGAUGCUGGGUGGCAUAUUACCCAUGGUGCUCCAGGGCCUUGUGAAGGCAGAGCUGUCUGUGUCGAGUGUUUCUACUCUGAAGAGGCUCUGCAGGGAGUGCAGACAUGACCUCACCCCCUACGCUCAGGACAUUCUGGCUGUGUCACAGGAUGUACUGGUAAAAGACAUCCAUAAGAGCAGCCAGUGCAUGUGGCUGAUGCAAGCUCUGGGUUUCCUCCUGUCUGCCUUGCCGGUAGAUGAGAUUCUGGACAAACUUCGUUCUCUCAUCACGCCUCACGUCCAGCAGCUGGAUACACUGGCUCAGGAGGAGCCUAGUUCCACUAAUAAACAGUCUAUUGUCCACAUCCUGGGGAUGUUCUCCAGUCUCUUCACUACUCUGGACAUCAGCAAGCAGGCAGACGGCUCAGAGGGAGCCACCAGUCUCAGACCCACACCCUCACUAGCUGUACACAAUCCAAUUGUGGUUGUGCUUCAGCAAGUGUUCACAUUGAUCCAGACCAUUCUCUGCAAAUGGCUUGAUGACUCAGAAGUCGUAGAGGCAGUGUGCGGGGUGUUUGAUAAAUCAGUUCGAACCCUCCUACAUGAUUUCGGGCCUAUGGUGGCUCAGCUGAGCGAAAUGCUGGGGCAGAUCUAUAGCGCCUUCCCACAAGCCUCUGCUCUGGACUUGGCACGGCAGCUGGUGCAUAUAUUUGCUGGAGAGGAACACCACACCUCUGACAUCAGAUCCCUUGUUGAAGUGCUGACAUCCACCACGCUCACUGUAUUUCAACAAGACCCACGGGACCAUCCUGACAUUGCAGAAUCAUUCAUGCACCUCCAUGCUCAGAUUCUUAAGAGGAAGCCUGAUUUGUACUUGUCUGACCAGCUGGAUAUAAAAGCAUUGUUUUACUGUGGGAUUCUGUCACUCAAGUUUCCAGAGCUGCCUACAGUAAAAGCUGCCAAUCUAUUCUUUACAGAGCUGUUGCCUUGCUGUAAAGACAUGGCCUCACUUGGUGAAGUGUUGCAGAGCAAUGGAAAGCUGCUGACAGAGACCAUACUGCAGGCGGUCGGAGGCCAGUCUCCUCACAGCCUGGCAGAGCAUUUCUCAGAGGUGCUAAUAAGUCUAAAAAGACACUGUCCAGCUCUGUUGUCCCAGUGGCUGAAAGAAACACUACAGACCCCAGGAUUCCCCUCCACCCAGGUCUCCACAGAGCAGAAGCACACCUUCAGCCAGCAGCUUCUACGGGAACAGACCAACAAGUGUCACGUUAAAGAGAUUGUGAAGGAGUUCUCUCUGCUCUGCCGAGGACUACAGGGUUCUGGAUACUCAGACCAUUAGCCUGAGCUGCUAGUGCUGCAUCUGACUUUUCUUUGACAAAGGUCAAUAUAAAGAAAGCCAAAAAAACAGAAUCUCUUUCAGUGCUAAAAGGUGCCAGACAAGACUGUUACUUGACACUGAGGUGACACCAGACUAUCAAAACCCCAGUAACCGGACUGAACUAAAGUGAGCAGGAUGAAGGUGUGUGGGCCUUUGUGCACCAUCUGUCAGAUGCAAAGCUGGAUGAAAUGAGAGGAACAAAGUGUCACAAAGCUGUUUCCAGGC